GAAGACCAUCUCCCGGCGGGCAGUGCGGCCCCGCUCUCCGGCGGCAGCAAGUGCCACGUCCCAGGAGCUGAGCGGAGGAGCGGAGCGGGCGGUUGGCUGGGGGCAGGGAGCGGGGAACAGUGCGGAGCCCGACCCGGCCACGCUGAUUGCCCGCUGCCAUGGGCUCUUCCCAGAGUGUCGAGAUUCCAGGCGGGGGCACGGAAGGCUACCACGUCCUGCGGGUACAAGAAAAUUCCCCAGGACACAGAGCUGGACUGGAGCCAUUCUUUGAUUUCAUUGUUUCUAUUAAUGGAUCAAGAUUGAAUAAAGACAAUGAUACUCUUAAAGAUCUACUGAAAGCCAAUGUUGAAAAGCCUGUAAAAAUGCUUAUCUACAGUAGUAAAACACUGGAGCUACGAGAGACCUCAGUCACACCAAGUAACAUGUGGGGUGGCCAGGGCUUGUUGGGAGUAAGCAUUCGCUUCUGCAGCUUUGACGGGGCAAACGAAAACGUUUGGCAUGUGUUGGAAGUAGAACCGAAUUCUCCUGCAGCACUGGCAGGUCUUAGACCUCACAGUGAUUAUAUCAUUGGAGCAGAUACUGUCAUGAAUGAGUCUGAAGAUUUGUUCAGCCUUAUUGAAUCACAUGAAGCAAAACCAUUGAAACUGUAUGUGUAUAAUACAGACACUGAUAACUGUCGAGAAGUGAUUAUUACACCAAAUUCUGCAUGGGGUGGAGAAGGCAGCCUGGGGUGUGGCAUUGGAUAUGGUUAUUUGCAUCGAAUACCUACACGCCCUUUUGAAGAAGGAAAGAAAAUUUCUCUUCCAGGACAGAUGACCGGUACACCUAUUACUCCCCUUAAAGAUGGGUUUACGGAGGUCCAGCUGUCCUCGGUUAAUCCCCCGUCUUUGUCACCACCAGGAACUACAGAGAUUGAACAGGGUCUGUCUGGACUUUCUAUUAGCACAACUCCACCAGCUGUCAGUAAUGUUCUCAGUACAGGUGUACCAACAGUACCAUUAUUGCCACCACAAGUAAACCAGUCCCUCACUUCUGUGCCAUCAGUGAGUCCAGCCACUACAUUACCAGGUCUGAUGCCUCUACCAGCAGGACUGCCUAACCUGCCUGCCCUUCCCAACCUCAACCUCCCGGCGCCGCACCUCCUGCCCGGCGUCAGCCUCCCGGAGCUCGUGAGCCCGGGUUUGCCGCCACUUCCUUCCUUGCCUUCCCGAAACUUACCUGGCAUUGCAGCUCUCCCCAUGACGUCCGAGUUCCUCCCGUCAUUCCCUUUGGUUCCAGAGGUCUCUUCUGCAGCAGGCUCAGGGGAGCUGCUGUCCUCCCUCCCACCCACCAGCAGCCCACCCUCUGACCCUGUCACGACCACCACAAGGGCAGACGCUGCCUCAGCACUCGCCCUGGAUGCGACUCUCCCAACUUCCAAGGCCCCCGUCGCUGUUGAGGACAGAGUCAGCGAAUCCACCCUGGCCAGCGAGAAACCUGCUUCUGUGGUGACGGAUGCAAAUGCCUCCGAGUCACCGUAAUUUGGAGCCAUCUUCGGAGUCGGCACGGUGCAUUUGUUUAACCGUGGAAGCAAGUCUGGAAAUCAAACUGUCAUUAAUUUCAUACUAGUUUGUACCGUACCUGUAGGCGUCCUGUAAAUAACUCUAAGGGGAAACAAGCGAGAGGAGUCGGGGUUGUGUCCUGCCGGGUCAGGGUGGGUUCGCAGGCCGGGGAGGGCGAUGUCAGCAAGUGCUUUGAUUUUAAAACAACCAAAAAGACUUGCGAGGGCGGCUUGCUGCCAGGUCUCCACUGCCGUCUGGGGGGUGCAUCUUGGGAAGGGUGGUGACAGGGUGUCUGCCGGUGUCCCUGUGCCUCUGCUGCUUCUCUGUAAGAAAAGGAAAUAUUUUCUGCCUAGUACUCCCCUGGAACAUUUCUUGUAUUUUAUAAAUCGUUCGUGAGAAUGCAGACCAGCUCACUAAACCGUGAAGGGAAGACAUUUUCCUCUUUGUCUCCGUGAGUCAUGUAUCUCUAUUAAGGUUUACACAAAAAUUCCAACUAAAGAUGUUUGUUAAAGCUAUACAGUGUGCACUGUUAAUUGAACAUCUUUUUAUUCAGCCUAUACACAGAUCCUUGUUUUGAGCUCUCAAAAUUACUCAGACAACAUUUUGUAACUGCUGCUGUCGCUUUAUACAUCCACCAUAAAAUGGCAUUUAAAAAGAAAA